AUGGCCGUCCCUGACUUGGGGCCGUGCCUGCAAAGCCUGAGGGUGUGUGCAGCACUGUUGUGUCGACAGGCCAGGCGCACGAAGAAGGUCGGGAUCGUGGGGAAGUACGGAACGCGCUAUGGCGCCAGUCUAAGGAAGCAGAUCAAGAAGAUGGAAGUCAGCCAGCACUCGAAGUACUUCUGCCAGUUCUGCGGGAAGGUGCGCUCCAGGGCUGGCAUCCAGCGGACAGUGCGCCGUCGGCUUGGGUAUCCGACGCCUGCUUUCCGUUCGUUGCCCCCAGCGCGGCAGGGUACCUGGCGAGAAGUUGGAGUUUGUCACUGCUGCGAGUCAAACACUAGAUGGACACAACUUUACGCACACCUUCGAGCUCUUCCCAAGCGUUGGUACAGUCCGCAAUAUCCAGCCAGCGACCAGUGA